CAAAGGGGGGGGUGAUGACGUGUCAGUAGUGGCAAAGCUGAAUUGACUGGCAACUUCCGGGUGCCACUGUCGGAGGAGGAGGCGGCAAUGCUUAACUUCAUGACAUCACCUCCCCGGGGCAAACUGAGAAAAAGGUGACAUGUGGAUCUCAGACCCAAAGAGCAACUGACAGAGAAAGGUGUCUAUGGCCAGAAUUAGUUUUUCCUGCCUGUUUCCUGGCUCAUGGCACUGCAGCCUGCCAUCAGUAACCCAGUUUUCCCGUCAACGUGUGGUUUUACUGAAUAUUUUAAUUGUGGUGUUUAUACUGAUUGUGGUAAUUCUGGCAAAUCCUCAGCUUUGGAGUUCCAGAGGAGUUAAUGUACGCCAGUUUAGGAGGCACUUGGAUGAAAUAGUGGACCUAGAAGCUACAGACACAAAGGACACUCAGUUAAACUAUGGAAUCGUCAUUGAUUGUGGCAGCAGUGGCUCUCGGGUCUUCGUGUACUUCUGGCCCCCACAUAAUGGGAAUCCUCAUGAUCUUCUCGACAUUAAACAAAUGCGAGAUCGCAACAGUAAACCAGUGGUGAAGAAGAUCAAACCCGGUAUUUCUUCAAUGGCUUUAACUCCAGAAAAAGCAAGUGAUUACAUGAACCCACUGUUAAGUUUUGCUGCUUCCUAUAUCCCAAAGGCUAAACACAAAGAAACCCCCCUAUAUAUCCUGUGUACAGCUGGCAUGAGAGUCCUGCCUGAGAGCCAGCAGAAUGCUAUACUCCAAGACCUGGUGAAGAAUGUACCCCAGCAGUUUGACUUCCUUUUCUCAGAGGCACACGCAGAGGUCAUCUCGGGGAAACAGGAAGGUGUUUAUGCAUGGAUCAGUAUUAACUUUGUCCUGGGCCGUUUUGAUCACGUUAUUGAGGAGGAAGACAAUGUUGUUUCUGUGACUGUUGGCACACAGGAAGAGUCCAUCAUUCGCAAGCGCACAGUUGGCAUUAUAGACAUGGGUGGUGGUUCUCUUCAAAUUGCGUAUGAGGUUCCAAAAACAAUGCGUUUCCCUUCUGCAGAAAAUGAAGAAGCUGCAAAAGCAAUGCUGGCAGAAUUCAACUUGGGCUGCGACUUGCAACACACAGAGCAUGUCUAUCGUGUGUAUGUCACCACAUUCAUGGGCUUUGGGGGCAAUUUUGCACGACAGCGUUAUGAAGACACGGUGUUCAAUAGUACUGUAACACAAAACCGACUGCAUAAGCAGCAGCUAGGUUUAAAUCCCAGCACCCCUUAUUUGGAUCCCUGUUUGCCUGUUGGACUCACUGACAAGAUUCACAGACAGGACCUGGACCUUCACAUCGCUGGGAAAGGAGACUGGGACAGCUGCAAGCAACUGGUGGAUCCUCUCUUGUUACAGUCCAAUGAUUCCCAAGCCUACCUGAAUGGACUGUACCAGCCUGCUAUUGAUUUCUUAAACAGUGAAUUCUAUGGCUUUUCCGAAUUGUUUUACAGCACAGAGGACGUAUUGCGUAUUGGGGGCUUGUACAACAGUCGCAAGUUUGCUAAAGCUGCAAAGGAUUAUUGUAGCAUGCCUUGGAAAACAUUAACAGAAAGAUUCAACAACCAUCUGUAUUCUUCUCAUGCCGACAAACAUCGACUAAAAUAUCAAUGCUUUAAGUCUGCAUGGGUGUACAAGGUUGUCCACGAUGGAUUUCAUUUUCCUCUUGAUUAUCCAAAUCUUAAGACCGCUCAGCUGGUGUAUGAAAAAGAAGUCCAGUGGACUCUAGGAGCAAUGCUGUACAAAACAAGAUUUCUUCCUCUCAGGGAUAUUCGCCAGGAGAAUUCGCGGCCUGCACACGUGACCUGGUUUCGGUUUUCCUUUGUCUAUAACCACUACCUGUUUUUUGUCUGUAUUUUGGUGGUGCUGCUCUCUAUCAUACUGUAUAUCUUGAGGCUCCGGCGCAUACAUAGACGCCAAGCCUGGGACUCUGCACUUGACUUGAUGUUGCUGGAGGAAGGAGUGCUUGUUGACCGUAAUUGAACCAACGGUUCCACGAUGUUGAUGAAGCCACGUAUAGGCAAGCUAAAUGCAGGAAUAUGUAGCGCAAUUCAUGGCUGCAGGCACAGCAGAAUUUAUAAUCUAGACUUCUGUAAUGUCUGCACAUAUUACCUCUGGGAAACCACUCUUAAGCCAGCACAGCUAAUAGA